UUCAGUCGACAAAAUUUUUAAACGCGCGCGGUUGUGCGUCGCUCCGUGGCUGAAAUUUGCGAUUUACGAUUCGGGACUUGCGAUUUGCCAGUUUUGAGUUCUCGAUUUGUUGUUUAUUGCGCCCGCCGGAAAAUUUGAUGACCGCGAAAAUGCAGGAGUUUUGAAUUAAGUGGCUUGCCCCAAGGACAAAGGAGGAUAGAAGCAAGCAAGAAUAGGCAAUAGGCUCCGUUUUCACGUGCUCACUAUCGCUCUCUCUUUCGAGCGCGCGCGUGUGUUGGUGAAUGUUUAUGAUUGUUUUUUAUCUUAACGAUCGAUCGAUGAAUACAACAAGAAAUCCAGAAGGAAUAAUUUAAGUGCCGCUUUUUAUUGUAAUACCGAAAUAUCAUUACAUUUUUUUUGGAGUGGAUGUGUGCUGUUUGAAUUUUGGAAAAUACAACAACUAGAGAAAGAGAGGCGAAUAAGAAAGAAGAAAUAAUAAAUAGCAAGUUGAAAGAAAUUGAAAAAAAACCGGAUUCCCAACAGAAACAACAACUAAAGAGCAGCAUCAAAAGAGAAGAAAAGGAAGAAGCAGCACAGGCCUGGCUUCCAGUAUUCCAUCUCUGCUUGUUGUAGUUGUUGCGCGCACGCACCAGAAGCCCUGAAGAGAGGAGGAUCGACCGGCCAGCUGCUCUCUCGCUCUCUCUGGAAAAGUGGCCAAAGGAAAAGAAGGAGGAGGAGGUCGCAAGACGGUAGAAUCGACUAUAUAAUCGGAGUCAUAUCUGGCAGCAACAUCGGCCACAUCAACAUCCACAUCCACAUCAACAUUCACAUAAACUUCGACAACAACGGCAGCAGACGUCGCUAAUUGCAACCAACACGGUAGCUGAAGCCUGGACCAUACAUCCCACAUCCAAUGUUCAGAAUUUAAAUGCGCCUCUGGCUGAAUAAAAGGAAAUCCCAGCCAUAAAAAGUAAAUCACUUCGCCUCGCCGCCAACCAGUUCCAGUCAUCAGCAUGGCUCACUCUAAGGUGAUCCUAAAGAUCCUGUUCUCGCUGUGCGUCUGGUCCUUCGUCAUCAUAGGACUGUUCAAGAUGCACGGCACGAAUCUGGUGCCGCAGGAGUACCAGCAGGUGCCGCUCAACGGACGCAUCCUGCUGCAGAAGGACAUUCGCUACGCGGAAACCACCUCCACGACCACGGAUCACUUCGAUCCCAGCGAGAUACUGGUGGACAAUCGCACAGCCAUGGACGACGACCAGUUGGUGCGAGACGUGGAGUCGCGCAUUCCCUCCCUGCCGAUCGCCUACUGGAGCAAGAAUAAGAACUUCCUGCAGCAGAAGUCGUCGACCUGCGCGAAGUACCCCUCCAUUUUCGAGCUGGAGUUCAACAACAUCUACUGGCAGACGCUGCGCACCUCGAACGGAACGUUCCAGCUCUUUGGGGCCUACUACGACAUCCGGCGGACCUCGCUGCUGGGGCCCACUGUGCGGAUCCUGGGAAUGAUCGAUAGGAUUGAGCCCAAGGUGAAGACGUACUGCCAGUUCUGGUUCGACGGCCAAAAGGAGCCGUUCAUCGUGAAGACGUUCGAGUACAAGUACAUCUGGUACAACAAGUGGGGCAACUACAAGCAGGGCAUCUACCAGCCAUACCUGAUCGCCUGCCAGAUUCCCAAGCCCUUCCACGGCGUGGUGCCCAGCUCGGUGUCGAUGGUGGAGAAGGAGUGCGACACGGCCACCAACAAUCUGCGGGUCAUCUACAACCGACCGCCCGACGACCAGAAGAAGGGCUUUGCUGUCUGCGUGAAGGGAUUGGACUUCCUCUACGACGACCUGAGUGUGCGGCUGAUCGAGUGGAUCGAAAUGCUCAACAUCCUGGGAGCGGACAAGAUCUACUUCUACAAUCUUCAGGUGCAUCCCAACAUCACCAAGGUGCUCAGUCACUACGAACAGGAGGGCAAGGUGCAAGUGAUCCCGCUGACCCUGCCCGGCGGACAGCCAAACGUGCCCGGAUUCCAGCACCUGUACCUAACCAAGAAGACAAACCACAAGCGGCAGAACGAGGUGAUUCCAUACAACGACUGCCUGUACAAAAACCUCUAUCUCUACGACUACAUCGCACUGCUGGACAUCGACGAGGUGAUCAUGCCCAAGGGCGGAGCGGUCCUGUGGUCCGAGCUGAUGGACAAAGUGCGUCCGGAGUCGCGCAAAAUCAAGCCGGACGGAUUCCACAGCUACAACUUCCGCAACGUGUACUUCUUGGACGACCAGCAGCACGAGCAUGGCUGGCACAAGGACAUACCCAAGUACAUGCACAUGCUGCAGCACGUCCAUCGUGCGAAGAACUACACCAAGCCGAAUCAGUACGUCAAGUGCUUCCACGAUCCGGAGCGCGUGCUCACCCUCCACAAUCACUUUCCGCUGAGCUGCUUGGGCGGCGUCUGCAAGUCCUAUCCUGUGGACACCAAGGACGCCCAGCUGCAGCACUAUCGGGCGGACUGCGUCAAGACGCUGAAGAAGAGCUGCGAGGAGUACCGGGAGCACUCGGUCGAGGACAAGACCAUUUGGAAAUACAAGGACGAGCUUAUCCGACGCACCAUUAAAGCGCUGGACACCCUGGGCUUCUUUCGCCGCCAGGGCUUGAAUUCCGCUUCCGGUUCGGGGAGCAGCAGCAGCGGCUUGGGCGGUGGAGCCACCACCCACUCCACGGAGCGGUGAUUCACACUUCUCGGGGGCGGAGGAGGCGGAUGGUCCUGGCCCUGGCAACUGGUUGAAGCAUCGGGCAGCAACAUUGGCAACGAGGAGUUCUUUGUGUGAGGAGGAGGUCGGAGGUCAGCGGAUGCCGUGCGUUUCACAAUCCGAUCCCAAAACCCAGAGCCCGAAACCUAGAACCCGUCCUCCGUCCUCCAAUCCCGGAGUCUCUGUUGCGCAGGGAGAUCACUCGUCUCUGAGUUUAGUUACUAUAUAUGUCCAGAGUUCCCAUCCAAAACCCAUACGUAGCGAGGCGCUGUUUUUGAUUGCAAUUCGAUGGCAUUUGUAGUUUGCUUUUAGGGCGCUGUUAAAUCCUACUCACCUGAGUAAUACGUGUAAGUUAAUAAUGCUUUUAUAACGUUUGUAAUAUCCCAUUGUGUUUGCUCCCCUGUAAAGAUCGUCCGUCAAAGUGCAUCGAAAUCCAAGUCAAAAGCAGGGCUCCCCAGCGUAUGGCUAGUGUAUAGAAGAGGCGUUAGUUAGUCUGAAAAGUCGGAAUUGGGAGAGAAGUCUUUUGAAAUUGUGCCUUCGAACCUGGAUUGUAGUCAGUCCCGUCCCGACCCGUCCUUCCCCUCAAUCCCUUCCAUAAAUCCCAAUUUGAUACUUCCAUUCACAAAACAACAAAAAGACAACUUUUCGAAAAAACGAGACCCACAACAUUUGCUUGAGUUAACAACAAGAAGAGAGUAGAAGAGAAGAAGAGAGUCGAGGAUGAGGGGCAGAAGUGAAGGAAACCUAAACUAAGUUCAAGACUGAUGAUGUUUAUUAAGAAUUAUAAAAACGAAGGAGAGGAAAUUUCAAGCGAAUUUUUGUUUUCACAUUUGGAUAGAAUCGAUAUUAUUGUUGUUGUAUAGGCAAGUAAAAGCCCCCCUAAAAGUCGCAAGCGAAAUAUAUCACUAAUGCUAAGCAAAACAAACACAAACACAAAGCAAAUUGAUCAAGUUUGAGUUGUAAACUGUAAAUAGGAAAAUUGUUAACGAAGAGGACAAGGCCCUAAGGAUAAAACUAACUAUAUGCGGAUUAGGCCGAUGUAAAUCGGGCAAACUAGCAGGAUAUUGAAGAAGUGAGGACGAGGAUUAGAGAAGCUGCUCAGCCCAAUCCUUAAAUGGUGAAUGGUGUUUAAUGCCGAUCGACCAUCAUACCCAAUAUUCAUAUGUUUUUCAACUUGUACAUACACACACACAAACACACGUACACAUACAGCCACACCCACACUUACACAACACAAGCACACAAAUACACCACGCACAUUUCCUUAUGUAUUCUAUUUUAUUUUAUUUUAAUUUUUUAUAGCAGCUUAGUCAAAUUGUUGUUGGAGCUAGUAAGAGUCGUGUACAGUUGAGGCAACUCGGUUUGCCAACCAAAACUAUUCGAUAGUUGAACGACUACACAUAAACAAACACAAAUACAUAUACAGAUACAAAUACAGAUACAGAUAUACAGAUAGAGACAUACUUCAGUGUAAUAAUGUUAGUUGCUAGCUGAUAAGGACAACCCGUGUGAAGGAAACCCAAUUUUCUUUCCUCAUUUUUUUUGAGUAGCUAAUAAACCACAACUGAUAUGAGAACAAAGUGAUUGAAGAAUAAAUUAAAUAAAAAAUACAAAAUGUAAA